AUGGCUUAUACCCAUCUGUAUGGGAUUCUGUUACUUAUUGCCGUUGCCGUUCUUUGGGUGGCGUCGAGUGAGCUUAUCCAAAUAGUAUUUCGGGAAGACUCAUUUUCAAAGCCCGUUCUUUACAGCUACCUCUCGCAGUCGCUGUUCGUUCUGCUUUUUUUGGUUCCUCCUUGUAAAUUUGGAGCUGGGCAGCUUCAAAACGCAACGGAGACGGUUGUGGAGAGAGAUUUUGUGUUCAGAAAAUCUGUCGAGCCGGGAACGCGUGAUUUUGAGACAGCUUCUCAGAACCUGGGGAACCAGCUGUCCCUUCAACAGGGGCUUGCUGAACGGCUUCGAAGCUGUAUUGGAGAAACGCUCCAAAGCAGCUGGAAAAUUGCUCCAUUCUGGUUUAUGUCCAACUGUCUUUACAACCUUAGCUUGACCUACACUUCAGUUGCGUCAUCGUCCAUCAUUUCGUCGCUCUCGUGCGUGUUCGUGCUCAUCUUCGGCUCGCUCCUCAAAGUUGAGCGUUUCGGCAGGCUCCACAUCCUUGCUGUCGUGCUGAAUGUUGGAGGCCUGUGCUUGGUAUCUGCGUCCGAUGCGUCUUCUGCAGGCACGCGAACAGCGCUGGGCGAUGCCUUAGCGUUCUUGGGCGCCAUACUUUACGCAUUUCAAACUGUUCUUAUUAAGAGACAGUUUGCACUGCAGCAUGAGCUGAAAGUGAGUCGUUUUUUAGGGUCACUCGGGGGAAUAUGUCUCGCAUUCGGAUGGCCGAUCGUUCUUAUCUGCCAUUUCUGCAGAGUAGAAAGCAUCGAUUUUCCCCCUCGGAGGACGUUAUGGUUAAUGCUUACCAACGCUCUGGUAGGUGGCGUUCUGAGCAAUUACCUGUGGGCGCUUGCCAUUUGCUACGCUUCUGCUCUGGCGGCGUCCUUAGCCUUGUCGCUGACAAUUCCUUUCUCGGUCCUGGCCGAUGCAAUCUUAAGACGCACAAAAUAUGGCUCAAUGUAUUUGCUCGGGGCGUCUCUCGUACUCGUUGGAUUCCUCAUGGCUAAUUUGCGCAAACGAGACUCUCAAGAUCGACAAGACGGGAUCACUUCAAUGGAGUAA